UUAACGCAGUGUGCUAAUGGUGCCCAGUUGGUGCAUUAACUGGAACUCAACCGGCUAUUUAGCUGUUUAGGUAGAGAACCGGGUGAGACUUCGACGUAAACUCACAAAACUGCAUAACAACAAACAGGUUCGUCAUAGCCAACAGAAUCCAAAGACCUAAUAUUUCCGAUGGUUUAAAUAAUGUUGUGAAUCAUGGCCAUGGACCAGUUGUCUCUCUCUCUAUUAUUGGCUCGGCAAGGCACGGAUCAGCGCCGCAGCCCUGCGCUUUUCGCUGCUUCCUGCUCCGAUAAUGUCAAAGUCAACUUCCUAGGAUCAGCCCCACGACAGCUGUCGUGUGCUCCCUGAAUUCGCCAACUCCCACCAAAUUGCCGCUGAAACAGGCGCUGAGCAAUUCCGAUUGACUUGGUCCAUUUGACAUUACUGCCCGUAAUGCCUUCUUCUCGAGUCAACCGCCUGUUGCUGGCGCUCUGUGCCAUUGCUGUGACCUGUUGCUUGGCAGAGCAUGUCUCCGAAAAACGGACACCCGCAAACCUCAUGAGCUUGGAAGAGCUCGACGAGCAGCUCCAGCAAUGCGCAGUGGUUCGGGAGCUCAAUGCCCACAGGGCCGCCGCCCACGGGCACGCGACCUCGUCCUCGCUCUCGCGCAUCUUCGCGGUCCUCUUCCCCGGCAGCCCUGCGGUCAACGCCCUCCUCGCGACCCUCUACAUCUCGGGCCCGCCCAACUUCCUGCUCGCGCUCUGCCCGCCAAACAUAGACCCGGCCUCCCUCUCGGUCAUGGUGGCGUUCGCGGUGGGCGGCCUGAUGGGCGACACCCUGUUCCACCUGCUGCCCGAGAUCUUCCUCGGGGACCACGGCUCGGAGAACGCCCGGUUCAUGCUUGUCGAGCCGAACCGCAACCUGCUACUCGGCGUCGCCAUCCUGGUCGGUUUCAUGACCUUUGUCGCCAUGGAUAAGGGCCUGCGCAUCGCGACGGGGGGCGCGGGCCACGACCACUCGCACGGUCACGCACACGAGCACCCGAAAUCUGAUGCCGGCGCCUCGUCUACUGCCAUUGAGGCUCCAGACUCGAAGGGGGUCAAGAGCCGUGGCAAGAGCGGCGCCAAGAAUGCCAACGGCAAGGCAGAGGGCCGCCAGGAGAACACGGUGAAGGAGAUCAGCCCCAGUGUGAAGCUGGGAGGCUACUUGAACCUCAUUGCCGAUUUCACGCACAACAUCACUGACGGGCUUGCCAUGUCGGCAUCGUUCUACGCAUCGCCGACCAUCGGGGCGACGACGACGGUGGCGGUCUUCUUCCACGAGAUCCCGCACGAGGUCGGCGACUUCGCACUGCUGAUCCAGUCCGGCUUCUCCAAGCGGGCGGCGAUGGGCGCGCAGUUCGUCACGGCUCUGGGCGCCCUCCUCGGCACGCUCAUCGGGAUCGCGGUCCAGGAGCUGGGCGGGGCGGGCGGCGGGACGGGCGUGCCGAUGGGCGGGGGACUCUGGGGCACCAGCCUCAGCUGGGGCGACAUGCUGCUCCCCUUCACGGCGGGCACCUUCCUCUACGUCGGCACGGUCUCGGUCAUCCCGGAGCUGCUCCAGACGGGGCCGAACAAGGCCCAGGAGCUACGGCAGACGCUGGUGCAGUUCGCCGCCAUCGCCGUCGGAGCCGGCAUCAUGCUCCUGAUCUCGUGGCAUGACUGAGCCGGUUCUGGACUGGCCACGUUGGCUGGGGACCUACAUCAUAAGGGGGGUUGGGAGAGGCUAAUGGUCUUACGCGGCAUGUGUCGUGGCUUGCAUUGCAUAUGAUAGAGAGUGCACUGAUUCUCGGUAGAAGAUCUGGGGUUUACAAAACGACAUGGAAGGGUGUAAUAGAAGCGGGUAAAUUCACCAUUUCAGAGCCCAGUUGCGUCUUCUGAGUUCACGUCAUACUUUCCCUCCUAAAACCAGUUGAUAGUAUGGUGAAAUGCACUUUCUGGAUCAACACCUCCGAGCUUACCACCCACGAAGAGUCGAAAACCAGACAAGUGACCUACCAGCUUCAUUAGUAAUUAGGCCUGAUGACAAAGUCAAUCCAGGCCUGGUUGGCUUCGCAGUAGGUAGUUAAUCGGUCAAGCAUUGCGU